AAACAUGUCAAAGGCCAGGAACUGUUCAUGAAAGUCUGUGAUCACCUUAACCUUCUGGAAAAAGACUAUUAUGGCCUGGCCAUCUGGGAGACCCCCACUCUGAAGACUUGGAUGGAUUUGACCAAAGAGAUUCGUAGGCAGGUGCAAGGGGCCAAUUAUAAUUUCACUUUUAAUGUGAAAUUUUACCCACCGGAUCCAGCCCAGCUGUCAGAGGAUAUAACAAGGUACUACCUGUGUCUGCAGCUGCGGAAAGACAUCCUACAGGGACGUCUUCCUUGCUCAUUUGUUACCCUGGCUCUGCUAGGUUCCUAUGCCUUGCAGUCAGAGCUGGGUGAGUAUGACCCUGAGGUGCACGGCAAUGAUUAUGCUAAGGAGAUGAAAAUGGCCUCAGGUCAGACAAAGGAGCUGGAGGACAAAAUGAUGGAGCUGCAUCGUACAUAUAGGAUAAUGUGUCCAGCUCAGGCAGACCUGAUGUUUUUGGAGAAUGCCAAAAAACUCUCUAUGUAUGGGGUGGACCUUCACCAGGCUAAGGACCUGGAUGGUGUUGACAUCAUGCUGGGAGUUUGCUCAAGUGGCCUGAUGGUUUACAAAGACAAACUGAGAAUCAACCGGUUCCCAUGGCCCAAAGUCCUUAAGGUGUCCUACAAGCACAGCAGCUUUUUUAUCAAAAUACGACCAUCUGAGACAGAACAGUAUGAGAGUGCAAUUGGUUUCAAACUUCCCAAUUACAAGGCCGCCAAGAAGCUGUGGAAAGUAUGUGUUGAGCAUCAUACCUUCUUUAGGUUAACUUCCACUGAGAUGGCCACCACCCCGAGAAAGUUCCUGGCACUAGGCUCUAAAUUUCGUUACAGUGGACGGACUCAGGCUCAGACCAGGCAGGCCAGCUCUCUGAUUGACAGACCAGCUCCCAUGUUCCAACGCUCUUCCAGUAAGAGGAACUCACGCAGUCUGGACGGAGCUAUGGCCACUACACCAGACAACAAAUCUAACCGUCCGGUCAGUGCUCCUGUUAUGUCACCAGUAUUUCCAGGUGAGGCAAAGCCAUCGCCACUGCUACCCACACUGCUUCGCCAUAGCCAUCUUGAUGGCUCUACACCCAAAAGCCAACGGCAUACAGAUUGGAAGAGGGAGCUAAAGACAGAAUGUAAGCCAGAGCAUACCAAGAGUCAUAGCCCAAAGCCACAGUCUGCUUCAGAGAUAAAGACUGUUGCCAAGAGAGAGCGAAGAAACUCCCCAUCCAUGACCAAUAGGGAGAAAGAAAAAAAGAACCAGGUUUGUUUGCCUAAUGCAUGAACACUCAGCAUGAGAAUAUCAAUGCAGACUCUUAUAGACCUACAUCAUGUCCUUAAAGCUUUUAAAUGACUUUAGAUAAAGAAAGAAUAAAAC